AUGGGUUAUCAUACCGAGGAAAAUGAAGAUUUUGAUUUUGCUACUUUUCUGAAAGCAGUGGCCGAUGAAGUGGCUCAUUGCUUAAUUUUUGAUUUAUAUCCGCAAGAGAGUGGUCAUUCUCCUAAACAGAAAGCCAUUGCCAAAGAAUUAGAAAAAUAUUUAGCAACUAUAUUUGGAUUGGCCGAAACUGCACUCGAUAUUGGUGCUAGUAUGGUCCCAGGAGGAAGUUUAGCAAAAAAAGCAGCCAAAAAGGCUAUAAAAGGAAUAUCCCGUGGAGUCGGUUUUACCAAAGACCUACUCAAUACUGGUGAAAUUACUAUGGGAGAAUUAUCAGCCAAUUUUGACGAUAAAUUAAGAAAGGGCCUGGACCAAGCCAAGGGAGAUUUAGAGAACGAAAGUAAAAAACUCCAAGGAGCCAUGGAUGGCAUGAAAACUGAAUUAGAAGGUCAAUUAAAACAGCAAGGCCAAAAAUUCGACCAAGAAAUCAAAGAUAUUAAUAAAAGAUUAGCCGCUGCCACCGGAGAGCAAAAAAAAGCCUUAGAAGAAGAAAAAAGGCAAAGGCAAGCCCAAUUCCAGCAACUUCAAAGUCAAAUUAACGAAGUCACUGAAAACUUAACCAGGGCACAAAAUCAAUUAAAAAAAGAAUUAGACAAUUUCCGUAAUGAGGUAGAUGAAAGAUUUGCCGAACAAGAACAAAAAAUCUUAGAAAACAAACGUAAAAUUGAGGAAGAAAAACGCCAAAGAGAAGCCGAAAUCCGGGAAGUCAAAGACAAAAUAAAUGUUGCCAACACCAAAAUCAAUAAUCUCCAACAAGAAAAGGAUGAAUUACAAGACCAUUUCAAUCGUUAUCAAUUCCAAACUAAUCAAAAAUUAUCUGAAACCCAAGCGGAAUUAGAAAACGCCCAAGCAGAAUUCCAAUCUAAAAUAAAACUCCAAGAAGCCAAAUAUCAAAAUGACCUCCAAGAAAGCCAAGAAAACUUUGAGUCUCAAACCAAAAUCUUAGAAGUCCAAAUUAAAGAUACUCGCGAGGCCUUGGAAGAACAUGAGGAAGAAUUAUCCAACAUUAAAUACGAGCAAAAGAAAUCAGCCCUAGAAAGAGAACAAAUAUUUGAUGAAUUGUCCGAAACUAACGAUAUUCUUCACUUCCAAAAACACAAACUAGACUUCGUGGCUAAUCAGAUGGAAGAAAUUCACGAGGAGGUUCACGAGAGAAUGGAUAAAUUGUCCCAAAAAUUAGAUGACCGAACUAAGGAAACUCUUAACAUCGCUAAGGACACCAAUAAAAAAGUUGAUAAAUUAACUGAGCAA